UUUAAACUAUUUAGAUUAAAGAGGCAAUUUAUUGCGGACAAGAUUGUUAAAAGUAUUUUUGUUGAUUUUUUGUAACCAGAUAUGCUACUGUGAUUUCAUAUGAACAUUUAAAAUGAAAACAUUUUAAAGAUGAUCUUUGUGUUCAAUUUCUAGGUAACUUGAUUCAGACACAUUGGAUGGAUUAAAGAACACACUUUACCAUCUUCAGGAACCAUGGAUUUGAUAGACACACAAAUAUUUGGCUUAAUUAUUGCUUUUGUCGUCGUUAUUGCCGCAUUGGUCGUGGCAUGGUUGAAGCGAUUCCCACACGAUACUAUGAGACGCUCGACUCAAAAAAGGAAAGCACCUGAAAUACUUGAGAAUCAUGACCAACCGACUGUGCGUAAUAGGCGACGAAGGCCUAGAGCACAGAUACCGCCGCCACACGAGACAACUAUACCAAAGGCAGCCACUGCGAUGAUACCUUCGGUUGGUACACCACCGCCUAGGCCACCUACAUCUAAGCUAGGAACACAUACACCUAUGGCUAUGCCAAAUUUACCCACGGCAAGGGCACCUAUAAUUCAGGCUAAGCCAACUACAUCCACACCAAUUGCACCUACACCUCCGGCUAAGGCAUCUACAUGCACGCGAAGAACACCUACACAUCUGGUUAGGGCACCUACACUACCGCCUAUGACACGCAUACAACAACAAGUGAACAUGGUACAGCAACUGGCAGAGCAACAAGGUAAGAACAACCAAUUUUUAGUGUCAAAGCCAUGGAAGGAGAGUAUGCCUUCAAUAAAUUGUAACAGACGAGGCAGGGCAACUUAUAUGAACGCCGUUGCAGCGUUCGAUCUAAUACUUGCAUCCACGAAGAUGUGCAAGGUUGUCCGGCUUUCACUUCCGGUUUCGGCUGUUUCAGAGAAAUAUCUUCUCGGGAAUUUAAAUGUGGCAACAGUGUUCAAGUAUUUCGCUUGA